UAUCAGAUUUUCAGACUGAAAUCACAACAAAGAUAACGAGAGGCUCAGGAGCCACCCUCCAUCCAUGGAGUCUACAUUCGCCGCUUUCUCAACCGUUACGGCGAUGGCUAGAACUACUGCUCCUUCUUUGCCUCUCCUCACUAUCUCUAAAGCUCUUCACCGCCACUUUUCCGGCGCUAGGCAUCUCCGUCCUCUAUUGCUCGCUCGCUCCUCUCCUGCCGCGCGUCGUCUUGGUUGCUUUCACGCAGGCCGAAUCAACUCGUCGAAUUCGCUUUGUUAUAGAAGCUUCGGAGCUGCUGUUUUGCCGGUGAUACGGCGUCGUUUGCAGUGCUUGUCCAGCUCGUCUCCGUCUUUCAGGAGUAUCUCAAGUGGUGGUGGUGGUUCUGGAUUUGGAGGGUAUAAUGGUGGAAGCGGUGGUGGAGGAGGAGGAGGAUCGGGUAGUGGUGAAUCGAAAACAAAGUUGGGUGCUGGCGUCUCUGUUCCGUCUUCAGACAUAAUUAUCCUCGAUGUUGGAGGGAUGACAUGUGGUGGUUGUUCAGCAAGUGUGAAGAAAAUACUGGAAAGCCAACCUCAAGUUGCUACAGCUAGUGUUAAUCUUACUACCGAGACAGCAAUAGUGUGGCCUGUACCUGAAGCCAAAAGUGUACCUGACUGGCAAAAGACUUUAGGAGAGACGCUUGCUAAUCAUCUCACUAACUGCGGCUUUGAGUCUACUCCUCGAGUUUUUGAAACAAAGACAAAAGACAAGCAGGCUCGCUUAAAACAGAGUGGACGCGAGCUUGCUGUUUCAUGGGCUCUAUGUGCUGUAUGCCUAGUUGGCCAUUUAACUCACUUUCUUGGUGUGAAGGCUCCUUGGCUCCAUGCAGUCCAUUCAACAGGGUUCCAUGUGUCUUUAUGUUUGCUUACGUUACUUGGUCCCGGUCGUCAGCUAAUACUCGAUGGUUUCAAAAGCCUUUUAAAAGGCUCUCCCAACAUGAACACGCUAGUUGGUCUCGGGGCUAUGUCAUCCUUUAGUGUUAGCUCCCUUGCAGCCUUGAUUCCAAAAUUGGGAUGGAAGACAUUUUUUGAGGAACCAGUUAUGUUAAUAGCUUUUGUAUUGCUGGGAAGGAAUCUUGAACAGAGAGCUAAAAUUAAAGCCACCAGUGAUAUGACUGGCCUUCUGAGUGUUUUGCCUUCAAAAGCUCGCCUUCUGCUUGAUGGUGGUGAUCUGCAGAACUCUACUGUUGAGGUUCCUUGUAAUAGUCUUUCUGUCGGCGAUCUAGUCGUCAUAUUACCAGGAGAUCGAGUUCCAGCAGAUGGUAUUGUCAAGUCUGGUAGAAGCGCUAUUGAUGAGUCAAGUUUCACCGGUGAACCAAUGCCAGUGACAAAAGAAGCAGGGAGUCAAGUGGCAGCAGGAUCUAUAAACCUGAAUGGAACUCUUACCGUCGAAGUGCACAGAUCAGGGGGUGAAACUGCAGUUGGGGACAUUGUUCGUAUGGUUGAAGAGGCUCAAAGCAGAGAAGCACCCGUACAACAGUUGGUUGACAAGGUCGCAGGGCGCUUCACAUAUGGAGUGAUGGCAAUCUCUGCAGCUACAUUUACAUUCUGGAAUCUAUUUGGUGGACAUAUUCUUCCCUCUGCCUUGCAUAACGGGAGCCCAAUCUCUUUGGCUCUCCAACUAUCUUGCAGCGUUCUGGUUGUGGCUUGUCCAUGUGCCCUUGGGUUGGCUACACCAACUGCAAUGCUGGUUGGUACGUCAUUAGGAGCCAGAAGAGGCUUACUUCUUCGUGGUGGUGAUAUUCUUGAAAAGUUUUCCUCCGUUGAUACUGUUGUCUUUGACAAAACUGGGACACUGACAAAGGGACACCCUGUUGUGACUGAAGUUAUUAUUCCUGAAGAGUCAAGGCACAAUUUGAAUGAUACUUGGUCAGAAGUUGAUGUUUUGACAUUAGCAGCUGCUGUUGAAUCAAACACUACUCACCCUGUUGGGAAAGCAAUUGUUAAAGCAGCCCGGUCUCAUAAUUGUAAAACUAUGAAGGCAGAGGAUGGAACAUUUACUGAGGAACCAGGGUCUGGAGCCGUUGCUAUCGUCAACAACAAGAGGGUUGCAGUUGGGACCCUAGAGUGGGUUCAGAGACAUGGAGCCACUGGGAACUUAUUGCAUGCAUCUGAAGAGCAUGAAUCUAACAACCAGUCUGUUGUCUAUAUUGGUGUGGAUAAUACACUUGCUGCAGUCAUCCGCUUUGAAGAUAAGAUCAGGGAAGAUGCUGCACAAGUUGUUGAGAAUUUGACUCGACAGGGAAUUGAUGUAUACAUGUUGUCUGGCGACAAGAAGAGUGCUGCAAACUAUGUAGCCUCUGUUGUUGGUAUUCCUCAAGAAAGAGUGAUAUCAGGAGUUAAACCAGCAGAGAAAAAGAAGUUUAUCAAUGAACUUCAGAGAAAUAAGAACAUCGUUGCAAUGGUGGGAGAUGGGAUAAACGAUGCUGCUGCUCUGGCAUCAUCUGAUAUUGGAGUAGCCAUGGGUGGUGGUGCAGGAGCGGCCAGUGAGGUGUCUCCCGUUGUCUUGAUGGGCAAUCGGUUAACACAGUUGCUUGAUGCAUUGGAGCUAAGCCGGCAAACCAUGAAGACUGUAAAGCAAAAUCUCUGGUGGGCAUUCGGAUACAACAUUGUGGGGAUCCCAAUUGCAGCUGGAGUGUUGCUUCCAUUGACUGGAACCAUGUUGACUCCAUCAAUGGCAGGGGCCCUCAUGGGUGUGAGCUCUCUCGGUGUCAUGACUAAUUCUUUACUUCUGAGGUACAGAUUCUUCUCGAACCGAGAAGACAAAAAUGUCAAAUGGGAACCUAAAGAGGGGACAAAGCAACCACAUGAGAAUACAAGGUGGAAGGAAAGCUCUUAAACCGAGCAUUCCUCUAUAUGGACCUGGAGGCUAAUUUUUGCAUAGAUAGAUCUUUUUUCGUUUAUUACUUCCUUCGUUUUAAUUAUUUGAGCUUGUAAGAGGACCAAAACACGAUAAUAAUUUGAGGACCCAAUGCUUUGAGCUUGUAAUAGAGACUAAAAUAACACAUUCACGACUCUCACUGGUCUUUAAAUCAGUGCCUUUGAGACUCCGGAAUGUGAGUUUCUGUAAUAGUGAAUAAGUAAAAUCUCAUUGAGGAAUGAAGAACC